AUGCCGGCAGCAUUUGGCCAUAUACGCUGUGGCGCAUACUCGAGAAAUGUUUCCGCGCUGAAGCCCCGCAGGCGCUGGGUUACCCCUAACCUCCUUGGGCCAUCUCGGUGUCGAGCCUUCAGCUCCUCAUCCAAGCCUAUCCCUCCAGAAGGGUCGUGGGAUAGUCAUGUCCACAUCAUCGACCCCAUCAGAUAUCCGUUCGCCGCUAGCAUCAAGCCGCCUAAAGAGGCGACGAUGCGCCAAGCACUCGAGAACGCUGACCGCCUCGGGUUGCCGAACAUGGUCUUUGUCCAGCUAUCGACGUACGACAACGACAAUACGUGGGUGCUAGAGUCCCUCAAACGUACGGGGCCGGCUAGGGGGCGUGGUGUCGUCGCUUUUGACCCGGAGCGUGUCGACCUGCAGACUCUCAAAGAGUGGCACGAUCUUGGUGUCCGAGGUGUUCGAGUCAACCUCAGAUCUUCCAAGACUGUUCUCUCGAAGAGCGAGAUCCGGAACGUGCUACGCAAGUACGCCGAAAAGCUUCGGCCCUUGAAAACAUGGUCGAUCGGAUUAUACGCCGACAUGGAGAUCUUCGACCACGUCCAGCCCUUGAUCCCCGAACUCCAGGUGAAGGUUGUCCUUGAGCACUUCGGCUCUCCAGCAUUCCUGCCACUGGACCCGUCGAAGCAGCCAGGCUGGGAUGCGCUGUGUCGCAUGAUGGAAGACCCUAGUGUCUACGUCAAAAUAUCCGCCCCGUAUCUGUUCUCUGCAGAUGCAGACUUCUCCAACUUGGAGUCGUUGACAAAGGCGCUUUUUCGCAUGCGUAACGGAGCGGGAGUUGUCUUCGGUUCGGACUGGCCUCAUACGAAAUUGCGGGGAUGGGAUGCGAAGCCGUUUGAGGAGAAGGUGGUGCGGUGGUGCGAUGGGAACGAGGAGCUACGGGAGAAGCUUUUCCGGAGUAACGCGCGAGAGCUAUGGGAUAUUGAAUGA